AUGCUCGCGAACGACUACCGGCCUAAGGACGCACCAGACACCGGAAUCGGUCUGCUAAUAGGUUCUGACUAUAUGUGGCAAGCAAUCACCGGUGAAGUUGUGCGAUGUCCAGACGUGCCAGGUCUGGUGGCAAUGGAGACAAUAUUUGGUUGGACGGUACAAGGACCUGUCAGUCAGAAGACCCUUUUGGACUGUGGCACUCACCUGCUUGUCAGUGUCUUGCGUGUGGAUGCAACCGAAGAGGAAUCGACUGCAGAAAUUCUACAGUCUUUCUGGCGACUCGAGUCUAUGGGCAUUACUGACUCCAACGAAUGUCGCGCUGACCGGAACAUUCUACAGUUUAAGGAGACCGUUAGGAAGUCAGGCGGCCGGUACUCGGUGGCCCUACCAUGGAAAGAAGAUCGCAAGCAUCUUCUAGGCGACAAUCGGGACACAGCAAUUAACCGGCUCCAUAAGCUCGUCAGAAGACUCUCGCAGCAUGAUGGCCUAAUGGAGAAAUACGACACGACCAUACGUCAAUACUGGCAAAUGGGACAUGCUGAAGUGGUGCCGGAGCGACAAUCUGAUAAUGCCGUGUACUACAUGCCGCAUCGCGAGGUUGUACGAGAAGACUCACUCACCACGAAACUGCGAGUAGUGUUCGACGCCUCGUCCCAUGAAAAGGGAUAUAUGUCACUGAACGACUGUUUGGACAAAGGUACAAACCUGAACCCGGAUCUGCUUCGAGUGUUGCUUAGUUUUCGACGCCACCCGAUAGCCAUCAACGCCGACAUCGAGAAAGCUUUCCUGCAGAUAGAAAUACAGGAAUCGGAUCGAGAUGUAUUUCGGUUUCUAUGGUUCGAGAACGUGCCCCGUGGUGAAAACGACAACAUUAUCGAAUGGCGAAUGACACGUGUGCCAUUCGGGUCGACAUCAAGCCCUUUUCUGCUGAUGGCAACGAUACACCACCACCUGGACAACGUAAGCGGUGAGCAAAAAACAUUGGCCCGGACGCUGAAGCAGAGUUUCUACGUGGAUGACCUGCUCGUAGGAGCCGACAGUUUUGACGAAGGCUUAGACGUGUACGAGAAGGCAAAGUCGAUUUUGGAAGGCGCUGCGAUGAACCUUCGGAAGUGGAAGACAAACAACGCUCAACUCCAGGAAGUGUUCUCGAAAAGCGAAGAGUGCCUGGAAGGAUUGGACACCUCUGCCGUUGUGUCGCUGUCCAUCUGGACGAACGGGCAGCGGUCAGCAGCACUGGUUGUCCCGCCACUUCAGCGUGACCCGGAGCGGCGGAAGCACGCGGCCGCUGAAACCGGCGCCGGUCGUCUGGAGCAGCGCUUUCCGGAACGCGGCAACAGUUCCCGCAGCUGUACCGCAUACGUCUGCCGCGUCCUGCAACACCAGCACCGAAGUCCGCAUGAGCGGGUGUAA